AUGAAACCUUGUGCCCAUACAAAUGCAGUGAAAGCUGAAUUACUUGCCAUCCUCCAUGGUCUCAGAUUGGCAAGGGACAGAAACUUGAAACCAAUCGAGAUUAACUCAGACUCUAGCAACGCUGUGUCUAUGAUUAUCAAUAACCAUCUUUGCUUUAGCAACAUUAUCUCUGAAUGCAGGUCUCUGAUGAGGAAGUUGGAGGUCAUAACUAUUAAACAUGUGUUUAGAGAGAAGAACAAGGUGGCAGACGUGCUUGCUAAAGAAGGCGUUAUGCGACCAUUUUUGGAAGGAGCAAGUGUUUUGGAAUCUCCUCCAGAAUGUGCUUUGGAGGCUGUAGAAGCAGACGCUAAUGGAACAAUCUAUGUUAGGAAAAUUGUUCCUUGUAAUAUUGAACCUUGUAUUAACGUAGCUUUAUGCCACCUGGUGGCACUUACUACUAUUAUGGACAUGCCCGGAAACUAUGCACCUAACUUUCUAUAG